AUGAAAAUUCCCCAAGAACUCAAGCCCAACUUACCCUUCUGGCUUUUGCUGCUUACCAUCUUCCGGGCCGGAGUCAAAUCCCAGCCCGGCCGAGCAUGCGACGCGUUAGCUUCCUACUACAUAUGGGAGGGCACGAACCUCACCUUCAUAUCCUCGGUCUUUUCGACCACCAUCGACGAUAUCCUCAGCUACAACCCCCAAAUCACUAACCGGGACCUCAUCAGCGCCGGCGACAGGCUGGUCGUGCCCUUCUCGUGCGGCCCGGUGAACGAGCUAUUGGCCCACCAGUUUGUUUACCAGGUUCGGCCCGGAAACACCUACCAGAGGAUUGCGGAGCUAAUGUACUCGAACUUGACGACGGUUGAAAUGCUGAUGAGGUUCAAUAGCUACCCGCCCGAAAACAUCCCGGUUGAUGCUCGGCUGAAUGUGACCGUGAAUUGCUCGUGCGGGGAUAGCCGCGUGUCGAGGGCUUACGGGCUUUUUGCAACUUACCCUUUGAGGCCGGGCGAGAGCUUGUCGGGUAUAGCAAAUGGGUCUGGGCUUUCGGAGAGGUUGCUGCAGGAUUAUAAUCCGGGCGUCGAUUUUGGCAGUGGGACUGGUUUGGUUUUUGUUCCGGCCAAAGUCACUGAAAGUCUCGUUUCUUUCUAUAAGCUGCUUUUAUUACGUCUAAUAAUACAUUUUUUUUUUCUCUCUUCUUGCAGUCCAGCUGGAAUGUCUGGUGGAGCCAUUGCUGGAAUAUCAAUUGCAGCCAUUUUAGGUGCAAUCGUUUUAGCCGUGUGCUUUUAUUUCGUUUUCUGCAAAAGGAAAAAGGUGACAAUGGGCUCAUUUUCCAGCAAAGACCGAAGAAUUGAGAACACGGAUGGUAAAAUUCAUGAACUAUUGGGUCUUGAUAUGACCGAAAAAAUUUCAGAAUCAGGAUCGUUUUUCGGUAGCUCCUCGCCACUCAAGGGCAUCACCGUGGAUAAAUCUGUGGAGUUUAUGUAUGAAGAACUAGCCGAGGCCACAGAUAAUUUUAGCAUAUCUUUUAAAAUCGGGCAAGGUGGUUUUGGAGCUGUUUACUAUGGGGAGCUAAGAGGCGAGAAAGCCGCUAUAAAAAAGAUGGACAUGGAAGCUUCGAAGGAGUUUCUGGCUGAGCUUAAGGUCUUAACGCAUGUUCAUCAUGUGAACUUGGUGCGCUUGAUAGGAUAUUGUGUCGAAGGUUCGUUGUUUCUGGUUUACGAGUAUAUCGAAAAUGGUAACCUUAGCCAACACUUGCGCGGUAAAGUUACAGAGCCUUUACCAUGGUCCACCAGAGUGCAAAUUGCCCUUGAUUCCGCGCGAGGACUCGAAUAUAUACACGAGCAUACGGUUCCAGUGUAUAUCCAUCGAGACAUCAAAUCUGCAAAUAUUUUGAUAGACAAGAAUUUUCGAGCCAAGGUUGCCGAUUUUGGUCUCACUAAACUGACUGAAUUCGGAGGUGCUUCUUUGCAAACACGUCUCGUUGGAACGUUUGGAUACAUGCCCCCAGAAUACGCCCAAUAUGGAGAUAUUUCACCUAAGAUAGAUGUGUACGCGUUUGGCGUUGUUCUUUUCGAAUUACUAUCCGGAAAAGAAGCGAUCGUGAAGAAAAAUGGAGUCUUUACAGAAUCAAAAGGCCUUGUUGGAUUGUUUGAGGAUGCUUUUAACCAGCCCGAUCAAGACACGAGCAUACGGAAGCUAGUCGAUCCAAGGCUUGGAGACGAAUAUCCUCUCGAUUCAGUCAUUAAGGUUGAGCAUCUUGCGAAAGCUUGCACAAAUGAAAGCCCACAACAGAGACCAAGCAUGAGAUCAAUUGUAGUAGCACUAAUGACAUUAUCAUCUUCAACCGGAGAUUGA